GUUUAUCUGUGGACGUCUUUGAAAAAUCUCCACACGCCCUUUGACCUCUUCAUGGGUACUCUGUUUGAGACGGGCAUUUGCAGGGACUUAUACAUUGAUGGCCAAGUUCAGAACGAUGUUCAGAAUGAUGUUCAGCACGAUGCGAAUAGUAAGUUUACUGUGUAAUUAGCUCGUUAGAGUACAUGCUAUAAAAUUCUAAUGAACAUUGAACUUUUUUGUUGUUGAAAUAUAUGUGUGCCAUUUCUUAACGUAGGGUGCUGGGUGGCCGAGUGGUCUAAAUUGAGCAAUUCUCAAGUUGGUGGUCUGGAGUUCAAUUCCAGCUAGAGCAAAAACACCACCAGCACCCCGGGUAGAUGGGACUCGCUAACCUUGGACGGCAACUCAUCUAAGAGAAGGAAACUCUGAAAUCAAACCCUAGUUGGUGGUCUGGAGUUCAAUUCCAGCUAGAGCAAAAACACCACCAGCACCCCGGGUAGAUGGGACUCGCUAACCUUGGACGGCAACUCAUCUAAGAGAAGGAAACUCUGAAAUCAAACCCGGAGAAGGAGUCCCGAAAGGCGGAUAACAUUGAUACAAUGAAACAUUCCGACAACUCCUGCGACGUCACUGGAGCCAAGCAGUAUCAUCCAAUGAUGUCCCGAAAGGCGGAUAACAUUGAUACAAUGAAACAUUCCGACAACUCCUGCGACGUCACUGGAGCCAAGCAGUAUCAUCCAAUGAUGUUCCCUUGGGUUACCCAGCGGCGUGGAGAGAGGCGAUUUGCUGUUGGGAACCAGCUUAUAAUCCUUCAAGUAUAAUAAUCCCAGGCCAUGUGGAUUUCGUCCUACGAAGCCCACUCCAUCGUCACAUUGUGACGGACGGAUGCCAGCAUUUCUUAACAUAAAAUACAUUGAGAUUUUAAAUUGAAUGCGAACUUUAAAAUAAUUGUAAAAAAACGCAUUUAUAUUAAGAUAUUUAAAAAAACAACUAAAUUUGUUUUAUAUAAAUUAUGUUUAAUUGCCCUUUUUAAAACAAUUUUAUUUUGAGCAAAUUGUGUUUCGUUAGAUGUUGUCUGUAGUGUUCACAUAGUGACAGAUUACUGUUGAAAAAAAAUAUUUUUCAAUAUUCAGUGGAUCAACAACCAAUCAACUGUUUCGAUGGCCUAUCAGGCUUUGAGUUUAAGAAUAACACACUGCGGAUGACGCUCAAGCAUCCCUUUCUAGACAUCUAUAGAUCUAGAAUUUCAAAGGACUUCUUCUACCACUGUGUUAGUAUGGACCAUGUAAGGGCACCAGGUACAGCAUUGAAAAAUAACUGGAAAGUAAGUUAUUUAGUUAUUGAAUAAAAUUACAUAUAUUCGAAUUUUUUUUCGGACUUACUAUUUCUAAAUUUUUUCCCCAUAAAAAUUGUGAAAUAUUAAUAUUUAUUCCCCGAGAUUCAAAUAAUGAAGAAGAUUCUUUUUAAAGCUUUUCUUUUCUGAUCUUAUUUUGAACAAGCAUAUCAAAAAAUUUUUGUUGUAAAUUAUAGUUUUUAAAAAAAUGAUCCAGGCACAGACACUUACUCAACGGAAUACUAACACACGAUGUUUAGCCUUUAAUUCCAAGUGUUCUUUAAUACUGGGUCUUACAAUGACUUAUCUAUGAAAACAAACAACAGCCUUCUUUACACAGUUUCUGACAUCUACAUAAGCUCAAUCUUUUCACGUUAAAUCUCUACCGCCCCAAAACACGUCCUUGAUUCGUUCAUGAAAUUUCUUAGAAUUUUGAGAUAGUGCUAUCCUCAUAAACACGACACGAACUUCCAAUUUUCAACGACACCCCUAAGUCUCCAGUCUGCACUAAACUAUCAGUCCUGAAACUCACCGUACUUUUUGCUAACGGUGGUUUUCUCUUGGUUGCCAUGCAUCCCAUAGAAGAGAAAAGGAAGAUUCGUUGGGCAGUUGUUUUCUGGAAAUGUGUCCUCAACGGUGGGAAAAAAAAAGUUUUCAUAAUUCACCAUUAUGUUUGCUCGUUCGUACGUACGUAAUUGAAAAUAGGGAUCUGUUUGAAAAAAGUUUGCUGGAGAAUUCCGAGAGAUAUGUAAAAAAAAAAAAAAAAGAAGGUGGCAUGUAAAGCGAUAAUGUUGUCAAUCGUUGAGUCUCCUUCGUCAAACACGGACCAGAUGGGGGGGUGAGUUAUCAAUUCUGUACAUUUUGUUUCAUACUGUAUUUCCGGGAAAAAACUGCAUUUCCUUAUUCUCAGUGUGCAUUUAUUGAUUUGAGCGCCUGUAACAGCAACGAGUUGUAAGACACUGCUAUCCUCAUCUCCUAAACGACAUGCACACAGUUACAUGAUUUAGGGUCCUCAGCAUGUUUAAUCAAAGGGCCUGUUCACUGUCCAUCAGGUGUUGUUAAGCGCCGGACUGUAGUUUAAAGCAUGAGAUAUAUACACAGCACAUACAUUUAAAAAAAAAAAACAAAUGAAACCAAACAACGCAGCAAAAAAUAUGUAAAAAGAAUUAAAAUGUUACUCAACUUAAAUUGAUUCAUUUCUUUUUUAAAAUUUGGAGCAUUGGUAUUUCUUUUAUCAAAUGAGAUAGGCAAUUUCAGAUACGAUAUUUGUCACUUCUACCCGGGUUCCAGUGCGGUGGGUUAAUGACCCCUUUGCGGUUCGUACGCGGUCCACGGGCAGAAGUUUGAGGAACCUCUUUCAAAGCAUAAAUUCCAACCUGUUUGCGUAAUAUAUAUAUAUAUAUAUAUAUUUUUUUUCUUCUCUUCGCAGGCCGUACUUCUAUUUUGUAGGCUGGGAGCUUUCAUCACUUUUGUGUAUCUCGUCCUCAUGGCGUACGGCAACAUUCUCUUCAUUUCGCCAACCAAUAGAGCGUUCGUGACAUUCGCGGCUGGCAUACU